CCAGUGGAAAAAUGGCCAACGCCUUGCGUGGGUGCAGCCAAAAGGAUAAGCAGCGGAUGAGGGCAAACUAAACGACCAGCGUGAUAGAGAGAGAAAGUGCGAGAGAGAGAGAGAGAGAGAGAGAGCGAAAGAUACAGAGCGACAGCGAUAGAGCAUCGCAAGCCUUGCAGCUGCAAAGCAGAUAAAAUCACGUAUCCGCCAUGGAGCCGGUGAUGAGUUUGGCAUUGGCCGCCCACGGCCCGCCCAUCAUAUUGGAGCCACUGUAUAAGCCAAGUCCAACGACCACCACGACCACGACGACCAGCACGACGACGACGACGAGCAGUCCAGUUGGCUAUGCGCCGGGAUAUCCGGGAACGGGCACCACCCUGCUCACCGCGAUACUCGAGAACCUCACGUCGACGGCGGCCAGUGGUCUGUACGAUCCCUAUUCGGGGAUGUAUGGCAACCAGACCAACGGCACCAUGGGCUUCGAGACGAAGGGUCCCCGGUACUCACUGGCCUCCAUGGUGGUGAUGGGCUUUGUGGCGGCGAUUCUGAGCACGGUGACGGUGGCCGGCAAUGUCAUGGUGAUGAUAUCCUUCAAGAUCGACAAGCAGCUGCAGACGAUCAGCAACUACUUCCUGUUCUCGCUGGCCAUCGCGGACUUUGCCAUUGGGGCGAUAUCGAUGCCGCUGUUUGCGGUGACCACGAUCCUGGGCUACUGGCCACUGGGUCCCAUCGUGUGCGACACCUGGCUGGCCCUGGACUACCUGGCCUCCAAUGCCUCCGUGCUGAACCUGCUGAUCAUCAGUUUCGAUCGGUACUUCAGUGUCACACGACCGCUGACAUAUCGCGCCAAACGCACAACAAAUCGGGCGGCUGUGAUGAUCGGUGCCGCCUGGGGCAUUAGUUUGCUCCUCUGGCCACCGUGGAUCUACAGCUGGCCGUAUAUCGAGGGCAAGCGGACAGUGCCCAAGGACGAGUGCUACAUUCAGUUCAUCGAGACCAACCAGUACAUCACCUUCGGCACUGCACUGGCUGCGUUCUACUUCCCGGUCACCAUCAUGUGCUUUCUCUACUGGCGCAUCUGGCGCGAGACGAAGAAGCGGCAGAAGGACCUGCCCAACCUGCAGGCGGGCAAGAAGGACUCCAGCAAACGGUCGAACAGCAGUGACGAGAACACGGUGGUGAACCAUGCGUCCGGCGGUCUGCUGGCCUUCGGCCAAAUGGGCGGCAACGAUCACGACACCUGGCGAAGACCGCGCUCCGAGAGUUCGGCGGAUGCGGAGAGUGUCUACAUGACCAACAUGGUCAUCGACUCCGGAUACCAUGGGAUGCACUCGCGCAAGUCAAGCAUCAAAAGCACGAAUACAAUCAAAAAAUCGUACACCUGCUUCGGCAGCGUUAAGGAGUGGUGCAUCGCGUGGUGGCACUCCGGUCGCGAGGACUCCGACGAUUUCGCCUACGAACAGGAGGAGCCUUCUGAUUUAGGGUAUGCAACACCAGUAACAAUUGAAACUCCUUUACAAAGCUCCGUCUCCAGAUGCACCUCGAUGAACGUGAUGCGGGACAACUAUUCGAUGGGCGGCAGUGUGAGCGGCGUCCGUCCGCCCAGUAUUCUCUUGUCGGAUGUCUCGCCCACGCCGCUGCCACGCCCACCGCUCGCCUCCAUUUCGCAGCUGCAGGAAAUGAGUGCGGUCACUGGGAAUGUGAAUGCGAUGGCGAUGGUGAAUGCGAAUGCGAAUCCCAAUGCGAAUGUGAAUCCCAGUGGCAAUGGCAAUGGCGCCAUCAACAACAACAACAACAGCAACCAUAAUGGGAAUGGUACGGUGAAUGUGAAUGGAAAUGGAGGCGGAGGCGGAAACGGAAGUGGAAUCGGAAUUGGAACAGCCGGAAAUGCAGCGCAUCGCGACUCACGUACACUGCCCGUGAUCAAUCGCAUUAACUCACGGUCGGUGAGCCAGGAUUCGGUGUACACGAUACUCAUCCGCCUGCCAUCCGAUGGAGCAUCGAGUAAUGCGGCAAAUGGCGGAGGGGGUGGUGGAGGAGGAGCUGCUACCGCCACAACCUUGAGUCUGCAAGGCGACUGUGCACCCUCCAUCAAGAUGAUACACGAGGAUGGGCCCACAACGACGACGGCGAAUGCAUUAGCCACGGCUGCCCCGCCAGUCGCCGCCACCCGACGACCUUUGCCCUCGCGCGACUCCGAGUUCAGCCUGCCACUCGGCCGGAGGAUGUCGCAUGCCCAGCACGAUGCCAGGCUACUCAACGCCAAGGUCAUACCCAAGCAGCUGGGCAAAGGGGGCGGGGCAGUGGGCGCUGGGGCGGCUGGGGCCCACGCCCUAAUGAAUGCCCGCAAUGCGGCCAAGAAGAAAAAGAAAUCACAGGAGAAGAGGCAGGAGUCGAAGGCGGCCAAGACGCUGUCGGCCAUCCUGCUGAGCUUCAUCAUCACGUGGACACCGUACAACAUCCUGGUGCUGAUCAAGCCGCUGACCACCUGCUCCGACUGCAUACCCACGGAGCUGUGGGACUUCUUCUACGCCCUCUGCUACAUCAACUCGACGAUCAAUCCCAUGUGCUAUGCCCUGUGCAAUGCCACCUUCCGACGGACCUACGUCCGCAUCCUCACCUGCAAAUGGCACACCCGCAAUCGCGAGGGCAUGGUGCGCGGCGUCUACAAUUAGAUAUAUGUAUUUAUAUUUAUAUUUAAUCACCCAAUCUCUGGCCAGAGUACCGGUUUAACUACUAGUAGUUGCAAUAAGUGUUGUGUGCUAAAAUUUUGGGAGGCAGUAAAACCAAAACUAGGCUUAGUGAUUACCCAUUGACAAGCAGUACUGAUUUUUUGAUGUCUAGCCCCCGACUAUAUACACGCAUUACCAUUCCAGAAGGGUUGCCAUUUAGUUAUUUGCCAGAACUGGGGUUUAUACGGGACAUGGAUCAAUUCUUAGAUGGUUUCAGAAAGUGCAAUAACUUAUCAAUGAGAAGAAACACUAGUAAAAUAUUUAAACUUGAAUGAUCAAGUAAUUCAGUUUACCUUAAAGUGAAAACUUAAUUGUCUUGAUCUCAGAUCACAGGACUUUCUUGACUUGUCUUAUUCCAAAACCAAGUUCUUAUUCCCAAACCAAGUUCGACCAACUGCUUCCAAAUAUGCCAAAGAUCUCAUUAAGGUGUCUUUAGAUUUAAUUCCCGAGGCAACCCUAUCCCAGCACCUGGCCAUAAAAGUGUAAAUCACAAUGAUCAUAAUCCCAAAAAGCGAGAGAUUCCAUUUUGUUAGGCGUUUACGUACUGUUAGGUAGGCACAUGCUCGAUGCAAGAAGAAUUUAAUACAAAUAUAAUGGAUUACGAUUUGCAAUUCAUAAACAUACACAUAUAUAAGGAAAUAUAUUUAUUAUUAUACACACGGCAAAUGAGUUAGCUUAAGUUAAUGGCGAAAAAGGCAGAGAGGCAGAAACCCAAAAAGCUUUAAUACAAGUUCAAAGUAGGAAGGAUUAAGUUCCGCAGGCAACGAAUCGCGACGCGGAUCUGGUUGCAAGUUGGCCAACCGGUGGCAGACAUUAUGUUCUCGUUCCGAUUUUCGUUGUGUAGGUUUGGGGGGAUAUGAUAUAAUAUGUAUUUAAUCGUAGGGGGAAUAUUGUGAUUGUACUGCUCGUUUUCGAUAGUUUGGAUCAGUUUUUUUUUUUUGUGUACAUGUGCGUAGAAACCAUAACAAAAGUAACAAGCAAGCGUCAACCGUGCAAAUCAAUUUGUAGACACAUACCUGCUAAUAUAUCGGAAUAUGUAUGUAUAAAAUUACGAUUAUUUGUAUGUAUUAAGAACGCAACCCACCAUGGUUCAACAACUAAGAACAAACCUUUUGUAACUGACGAUGAUGAGAGGAUCCCCAUGACGAGGGGAUAAUUUAAAACCAAGAGUAACAACCAGUAACGCAAGCAAUAUGUUUGAGAAAUGUGUCGAAGAGAUGGCCCAGUUGAGGAAGGAUCAGGAAUACGGAUGUGGGGCGGGGUUGGGGGCCGAUAAUUGGACGGAUUAGUAUUUAAAUAACCCACAAGGUUGUGCUGAAUGUGGCCAAUCCAUCGACUGGCGGACCAUCUCUUUGGACAACAUACUCGAAUCGUACCACAAACUCAUAGCUAUUAAACCAAAUGCUUCUUCGAAGUGCACCAAUUCAAGUAACUAACAUAAUUAAUUAAAAGUAAACCGCAAGCAUAUUUAAAGCAUAUGAGAGAGUAAAAUACAUACAGUGUAAGAAAAACGACAUCCAGGUACUACGAUAUAUUCGAUGCGAUCGGGGGAGCGAACAUUUUUAAUGAGUGUGUAGGUAACGUAACUAAUUGAAAUAUUAACAAAUUGUUGGCCCUCGUUGAUCCGAGUGAAAAAACGGGGCCUAGAUGCGAAUCAAGCCGAAAUCAAAGCGACAUUUGUAGUGUCUGUGACACAAUACGCAUAUUUAUACCUAAACGAUACGAUAUAUACAAGUACAUAUAUAUGAAUACGACGUUUAAUAUGAAGUCAAGAGCAACAAGAACAAGUAAACCAACCAACAAACCCAAAAGACAUGAUUUACAACCACGCACACACAUCCUAAUGAAGCAUAUAGUACUGCAAAAAAAUAUAUAUCCGACAGAGGCCAAAAACGCGAGUCGAGCAAACAACCAAUCCAACAAAUAAUACCAACAUAUAGCCUUUAGACGUACAUAUAUAAUCUCGGCACACGCCGGCCACUCGAUUACAAAUAGAUCACGUUUUUUGACUACCAGCGAAAAGGUUUGACAUAUAGGAUUACGGAGCAAGAACAGAUGGACAGCAUUUUGAUGAUGAGAGCAGAUUUAAUUGCAUACAAUCUAAUUGUUUGGAAAUAUACUACGAUAUAUAGUAAUACAUAUAUAAUUUAAAGCUAACAAUAAAAAAUGUGAAUGAAAAAGGGA